AUGUCCUCCCAACAACAACAACAGCCACCACAACCGACCCAACCCACCCUCCAAGCCACCUACACAAACCAAACCACCACCAGCGCGCCAUUUACCCUGACCACUCCGCUCUCCCCACCUACAUCCUCCGACCAAGCCCAAAAAACCGCCUACCUCUCACGACUCCGAGGCGCCGUUGUCUCGCUCCAGGACCAAAUCAACCAUGAACUGACGGCGCGCAUGGAAGAGGAUAAGGCGCGGGAGGCGGCUGAGGCAGCGGCGGCAGAUAAUGGGAGUGGAGGUGGUGGAAGCGGGAAAGGGAAGGGGAAGAAGGGGGGGAAGAAGGCUGUGGUUGUGGAUGAGGAGAAGGAGGAGGAGAACUAUGGGGAGGAGGUUCAGGAGGAGGAUGAUUAA